UCGACGCAGUUACGCAUAUAAUCGUCUGGAUCGAGGCAGCUUCAUCUUCAUGAAUUAUUUCGGCUACAUGAAGCAUGAAAAAGUAUCAUAGCAGUAGACCAUCCAGCAAAAGAACUGCGGAGCUCACCGGCGCUGACACACAGCAGCGCACUGUGCCUCGGCUGUGCUUUGGUUAAGGUUUUUAAGUGGGCGGAGUCUAUGCUGACACGUAACGACCUUAAUGAAGCCGAAGGAGCAACACGAAUACACGAGACGUCCUCGCGGGUGGUCACUAUCUCCUGAAGUUCCUGUCGCUUCUAGAAGUGGCCGCCGCAUCGCGACGGCUUCUUAAUCAGCUUUCGGAGGAAGCGGCGAUGAAAGUCACAGCCUUCGUCUCCCUGCUCAGGUCUUUCGGGCCCGUGGUGGUAGGCAUCUCCCUAGGCUUUACCUUGAGCCUGAUCAGCGUCACCUGGGAGGGAGAGCCGUGUGAGGCACCGGGGGCCGACGGCCGUGGGGUGACUCUCGGCCAGGGGAACGCUGCCCGCAAGCCCAACUCCAUCCUAUCCCAGAGCGAGGCGGGCGACGAUUUCGUACCCAGAAUUGUAACCUACAAACCAGGCAAAGAGAGCUCGCCCGGGAAACUUUUCCGGCCACAGUAUAUCAGCACUGAGCUGGGGAUUCGUGAGCGCCUUUUUGUAGGUGUUCUGACAUCCAAGGACUCAAUUGAUGUGCUUGGAGUGGCUGUCAACCGUACCAUCAGCCAUCACCUGGACAACGUGGUCUUCUUCACUGGCGCCCACACCCGCAAGCUCCCUCAUGGGAUGACUGUUGUCACUCAUGGUGAAGAUCGCCUCAUCUGGAACAUGUUCCAGACCAUGCAGUAUGUCCUGGAUCACUUUAUCCAGGUCUAUGACUGGUUCUACUUUGUCCAGGAUGGCACGUACACGCAAGCUGACCGCCUUAAGGCUCUUGUUGGCCACCUGAGUAUGACACACAAACUUUACAUGGGCCACCCGGUGAGGCUGAGUGGUGGAGAAACGGAGGGAACAUACUGCUCUGGGGAGUUUGGAUAUCUCCUGUCCCGUGCCUUGCUACUACAGCUCAAGCCCUUCCUAGAGAUCUGCAAGACUGACAUUUUGAGUGCCAGACCUGACGAGUGGCUUGGGAGGUGCAUCAGUGACCAUACUGAAACCAAUUGUGCAGAUGAACAUGAGGAUCUCCAGUAUUAUCAUUUUGAAAUUGACAAAAAUAUUGACCUGAAUAAAAAGGAGAAUGUACACUUCAAGAAUGCAGUCACUGUUCACCCUGUACCAGAUGCUGAUCUGAUGUACAGUUUGCACAAGCACUUCACUGAGAUGGAGUUACAGAGAACUUACAGCGAAAUAGAGAAAUUGCAGGCAGAAAUAAAGAAUUUAAGUAAAUUGGCCUUUGAAGGCAAUCGGAGUGCCCAGUGGCCUGUUGGGAUAAAUCCCCCCUUUGAACCAAAGACACGUUUUGAGGUUUUGAGAUGGGAUUACUUCACAGAAGACCACAUGUAUUUCUGCAACAAUGGCUCCCCGAAAUGUGACCUCACUGGGAUUGAUAAAAUGGAUGUUAGUGAUAUCAUUGAGACUGCCAUGGGAGAGCUGAACAAGAAGUACAAGCCAGACCUGCACUUGAAGAAGCAGCAGCUAAUUAAUGGUUAUCGGCGUUUUGACCCCACAAGGGGCGUGGAGUAUACGUUGGACCUCCUGGUGGAAGUGGUCAAUCGGAACAGGCAGAGCUUUUCUGUCACCAAGCGGGUUCAUCUGGUAAGACCCUUGAGUCAAGUUGAAAUCAUACCAAUGCCUUAUGUCACAGAAGCGACGAGAGUUUAUGUAAUCCUGCCUGUUACUGUUCAGGACCGUGAACAAAUCAAUCAGUUUUUUGAUGCGUUUGCUGCAAAUGUCUUUGAAAAGGCAGACAAUACUGUUUUAACUUUGCUCUUCAUCUACAACCCUUUUGAAGCCAAAGAACUGAAGAAAAAUGACAUUUUUGCAAGCAUUAAAAUGAGGGUCAAUGCCUGUGAGCAGAAGUACCCAAAAGUUAAAAUCCCAUGGAUCAGUGUUAAGACAGAAGGUCCUGCCCAAAUCAAAAUCAUGGACAUUAUUUCAAAGAAACAUCCAGUUGAUACAUUAUUUUUCAUUGCCAAUGUCAACAUUAACAUCAACUCAGAGUUCCUCAACCGUUGCCGCAUGAACUCCAUCAGCAAUUGGCAGGUCUUCUUCCCCAUCCAUUUCCAGGAAUACAACCCUGAUGUUGCAUACCACAAUCAGAAGCCCCCAGCCACUAUCGAUUUGGUCAAAGAUUCGGGUUACUUUGACCGAAAUGUCUUUGAUGAAGCUUGCUUUUACAACUCUGAUUACAUGGCAACGAGGACUCGCAUGGCAGCUGACAUACAGGAGAACGAAGAGCUCCUAGAGUCUCUGGACAUUUAUGACUUGUUUGUCAAGUAUUCUAGCCUGCAUGUGUUCAGGGCGGUGGAGCCUGCAUUGCAGCACAGGUACCAGCACAAAAUAUGCGACCCUCGUUUCAGUGAGGAUAUCUACCACAGGUGUGUCCAGAGCAACCUUGAGCGCCUGGGCUCUCGUUCCCAGCUGGCAGUUCUAUUGUUUGAACAGGAACAGGGGAACAGUACUUGAAACCAGAAAUGCAUAUAAAGCAUCUUCCUGUUCAUUCAUUGUAUGGUUUUAAAGCAUACAAUCAAUCUCCUGUGUGAUACCACAUGGGGGGAUGCUGUUAGCAAAAUGGAAAACAUUUGGAGCAGUAAGAAGUACAUACUAGGAUUUUUGAUGUUUUGUACUUGUUGCGGUGUUGACUUGUCAAGAAUUUUUCUAUGUUUAAUUUAUACUUUGCUGUAAUGCCCAUGGACUCAGCUGCCAGACAGUAGACCUCAGUACUGCACUGAGUACUCGUGGAUGUGGUGCACCUGAUGCUAACAAACACAUGUCCAGUCUAUACCAAUACCAGUGCUACCAAUAUAAGUAAAGUGAGAACAUAAUCACUGCAUUUGCAAUUGUGGUGCUGGAGGGCUCAUAGGACCUGGUGAUGGAUGUGGACAUGUUUAGGGUCUUAGACAGAAUGCUGGGUUUGUCGUUAUCACAAGUGGUUCAGCAAGUGCACUGCUGCGGGAAUUGAUUUUUAGGAUAAAGCUACACAGUUUUUAUGGUGCACAUCCUUUCCUUACAUCAGUAAGGACUGCUGGAUGUUUGCUGUAUUCUGUAUUUAUUGAACUUAGUUCAUUCCUUAGUUUAAUUUUGCAGAGUAGACUUUCUAGUCAGUGUAAGAUAUUUUCCUUAAGAGUAAUUUAAUUGGUAGAAGAAAUAUAGCUGUAUAGUAAACUAAAAUUAUUGUAUAAUCUUAAUGUGCAGUCAUGCUUCCUGAGCUGAUGAAAGA